AUGUCACAAACCUGGGAUCGUUCUCCACCAACAGGGAGUAAUAGUGCCCAUGAUACAGACACCAAUAACAUGAACAAUAAUAACAGUAACGCCAAUUCUCAAAAUGCUACAAAUAAUAAUCAGGGGAGCAACAAAGGUAGCGAAGUAGACAGUGAUAAUAAUGAGAAUAAUAAUAACCCUGCGAGCAGGAAUGGCGUAGAAUUACCACUACCUCAACAACAGCAACAGAAUAGUGGUACAGAGAUUAAACAAGAAAGUGGUAGUAAACCGCACUUUGUAUUACCAUCAAUAAGUGAUCUUAGUGGAGAGACUGGCAGUUCUCCUUCUCAUGGUGGAAGUGGUACCACUAAUACUACUAAUGUUAAUACUAGUGGUUCUCAGAAUCCGAAUGCAACUGGUGCUGGAGUUAAUUCAACAAUGGCCCCUGGUGUACCAUCAAUGUUAUCGCAACAAUCUUUGCCAAGAUUAUCGUCGGUACAAGCAACGUAUCCUUCUGCACCACCUGUUUUACCAAGAUUUUCAACGGCAACAGCGGGUGAAGUUCAAGGUCCCACCACUUUGACAAGUUCAUCUUCUAUACCAACGACUCAACAACAGCAGCAGCAACAGCCACCUGAUGAUAAAAGUAGAAUUGGUGUUAAGCCAAGAUCUGGUAGUGCUGGUAUGUCGGUAGCGAGCUUCGAUAAUCCCUUACCACCUUCGCAGCCAUCGGUACCAUCGCUUCACUACCAAAUGUUAUCAUCUCAACAACAACAAGAACAAAAGGGGCAGGACCAACAACAACAGCAUCAACAACAGCAACAGCAGAUUCCACUGCAUGAUCAGUAUUAUAGGCCCUUGAAUGUUAAGGAUGCACUUUCAUAUUUGGAACAAGUUAAAUUUCAGUUCAAUUCAAGACCAGACGUCUAUAAUCACUUCCUAGACAUAAUGAAAGAUUUUAAAUCACAAGCAAUUGAUACUCCUGGUGUCAUUGAAAGGGUUUCAACUUUGUUUAGGGGCUAUCCCAACUUAAUUCAAGGUUUCAAUACCUUUCUACCCCAAGGUUAUAGGAUUGACUGUUCACAAAACCCUGAUGAACCUAUUAAAGUUACUACACCAAUGGGAUCAUCUACUGUUGCUGGGGUAGCUGAGAUGAACCAAGCAGCAUUGUUUCAAGGUCAACAACCAAGGAUUCAACAACAUCUACAACCUUUGAGUUUUCCUCCAAGUCAAGACUAUCAAUUACAACAACAGCAGCAACCACAACAACAGGUUCCAUUUGAACAAGCUCGUGGCCAACAAGUCUUGCCAGCGACUUUCCCACCACCUGCCGAGAACGCUCCACAGCAGCAGCUGCAACAUCAACAACAACAACAACAAGCGUCAUCGACCCAUGUUCAACCUCCCACCGUUGGACCGCCUUCGCAACAGCCACAACAACAACAGCCACAGCAUGGUUCACCACAACCAGCACCACAACCGACAUCGGCAGUGUCAAGUGGCACUGGUCCAACACAACCGGAGGUACCUGCACCGGUACAACCCCAGCUCGCAGAUCAAACCAAAAAAGCUGCUGAUGUGGAAUUUAGUCAAGCAAUCAGUUAUGUCAAUAAGAUUAAAAACAGAUUCUCAGAUCAACCUGAUAUUUACAAGCAUUUUCUCGAGAUUCUGCAAACUUAUCAGAGGGAACAAAAACCAAUUAAUGAAGUUUAUGCACAAGUUACGGUUUUAUUUCAAAAUGCUCCUGAUCUUUUAGAUGACUUCAAAAAAUUCUUGCCGGAUUCCUCAGCUAGCGCUGCUCAGCAGCAAAGACAGCAGUUACAACCGGUAAUGCAACAUCAACAAGCUGCUGCGGCAACAGGUUACGGUUAUUAUGGUGAAAAUCAACCAGUGGCAAGACAAAAUUUACCACCUUUGGGUAGUUUUUCACCACCUCCAAAUGGUACUGCCCCUCGUGAUUAUUACCAAGAGCCUUCACAGGGCAUGGCUUUACCUCCAAUGACUCAUUUGGAAACCCAGGCUGCCAAGGUAACACCCUCCCACUAUGUGAUGACCCAAGGAAUGUCAAAUGAUGCUAUACCAUUGUCUAAUAUGAGAUCUCCAACAGUAGGAGCCCCGGGUGCUCAAACUCCAGUUGAAACUGCUCCUCAACAUCCACAACAGUACUCACCACAACAAGCUCCACAACCACAACUACCACAACAACAGUUGCCACCACAACAACAGGAACAAUCGCUGCCGCCACAAACAAUCCCACUAACCCAGCCUUCUCAAUUGGGCCCUCAACAGGAGGUCCAAUACGUGGAUAUUGCCGUAAGACCUGAAAUUGAUCUGGAUCCUAGUAUUGUACCCGUGGUACCAGAACCUACAGAGCCUAUCGAAGAUAGUCUUUCAUUGGUAGAAGAGACUAGUUUUUUCGAUAAGGCAAAAAAAUUCAUUGGAAACAAACAAUUGUACACUGAGUUCCUCAAAAUCCUUAACUUAUAUUCGCAAGAUUUGUUAGAUAUAGACGGACUUGUGGAAAAAGUAGAACAUUACCUGGGAGGUAGUAAAGAAUUAUUUACCUGGUUCAAAAAUUUCGUUGGUUAUCAAGAUAGACCCAAGAACAUUGAAAAUGUAAUUCAUGAAAAGCAUCGUCUCGAUUUAGAUAUGUGUGAGGCUUCUGGCCCUAGCUACAAGAAACUACCAAAGUCUGAUACAUUUAUGCCAUGUUCAGGUAGGGAUGAGAUGUGUUGGGAAGUAUUAAAUGACGAAUGGAUUGGCCAUCCAGUGUGGGCUUCUGAAGAUUCUGGGUUUAUUGCUCAUCGUAAAAAUCAAUACGAAGAGACACUUUUCAAAGUCGAAGAAGAGAGACAUGAGUACGACUUUUACAUUGAAUCAAAUUUGAGAACAAUUCAAACUUUGGAAACGAUUGCAAGUAAAAUUGCCAACAUGACAGAGGAGGAAAAGGCCAAUUUCAAAUUGCCCCCAGGAUUAGGUCAUACUUCUUUGACAAUUUACAAAAAAGUCAUUAGGAAGGUUUAUGAUAAGGAAAGAGGCUUUGAAAUUAUUGAUGCCUUGCAUGAACACCCAGCAGUAGCCGUGCCGGUUGUGUUGAAGCGUUUAAAGCAAAAGGAUGAAGAGUGGAGAAGAGCACAAAGAGAGUGGAACAAAGUUUGGAGGGAAUUAGAACAAAAAGUUUACUUCAAAUCGUUGGAUCAUCUCGGUCUUACUUUCAAACAAGCAGAUAAGAAAUUGUUAACUACCAAGCAAUUAAUUUCUGAAAUCAGUAGUAUCAAAGUUGAUCAGACUAAUAAGAGAAUCCAUUGGUUGACACCAAAGCCGAAAAGCCAGUUAGAUUACGAUUUCCCAGAUAGAGAGAUUUUCUGUGACAUAUUGAGUUUAACGGAAGUGUUUUUAAAUCACACGGGCAAUUACUCUAAUUCUGACAAGGAAAGAUUGAAAGAUUUUCUCAAGAGCUUUUUGUCGUUAUUCUUCUCCAUUCCGGUCAGUGAAGUAAACGACGGUUUACGUAGGAGAUCCCCCUCAAAUAAAGAAGAACAUGAGGCGAAUAAAAAAGAAAAUGGCACAGCUCUGGCUCAUGGUAAGAGGCCCAGAGAAAUAGAACUACCUCUACGUGAUAUUCUGCAUAGAAACAAGUAUCAGAAAUUAAAGCUUCGUUCGGAUGGAGAAGAGGGAUCAAUCGGUCAGUCUGAAGAAGGAUUGGACGAACAAGAAGAAGUUGACGAAGAAGAAGAAAUCAUUAAACAAGAAGCUAAGAAACCUUGGUUGCUCGGAAAUAUCGUGGAAGAAGCUAACGCUCAAGGUAUCAUAAGUAACCGUAAGAGCUUUAAUUUGUUUGCCAACACUAGCAUUUACGUCUUCUUUCGUCACCUGACAACCCUGUACGAAAGAUUGAUUGAAGUGAAAAGUAUAGAUCAAGAAGUCACGCAAGAGAUUAAUAGCAGGAAGGUUAGCCAAUUUGCAAAAGAUUUGAACUUAAUUUCAGAACAGCUAAAAAAUAUGGGUUUAGAUUUUGCUGGACUAGAUGCUUAUGAACAGUUGCUUCAUCUAUCUAAACGUCUAAUAGAAGGUGAUAUCGAGCACCAAUGGUUUGAAGAAAGCUUGCGCCAAGCAUACAAUAACCGUGCCUUCAAAUUUUACACAGUAGACAAAGUCGUACAAGCGUUGGUGAAACAUGCACACACAAUAUUAACCGAUAUUAAGUGCUCCGAAAUCAUGGUUUUGUUUGAAAAAGACAGAACAUUAGCCACCACCAGUGCGAAAGAUCAAAUUCUAUAUCGGAUGCAGGCACGUUCUCAUAUGUCCAAUACGGAGAACAUGUUUAGGAUUGAAUUCAACAGAAUAUCAAAACAUGUCUGUAUCCAGUACAUCGCUAUCGAUGAUCUGACCUUAGCAGAAGCCAAGUCACUCGAAGAUAAAUGGAAAUAUUACGUUACGUCGUAUUCUUUAUCCCAUCCUACAGAGGGCAUCUCCCAUGAAGACCUACAAGUGCCAUUCCUGGAGAAGAUCAUUGAAUCUGAACAGGAAUAUGAUGAAGACAAUGGUGGGGAUCCAAAAUUUUCUCCAGAAGGGGUAUCCAAAUCGAGUCUAAGAAUCAAAAUAGAUCCAGAAACCUAUUUCCUCGAAGUAGAACCAGGGUCUUGUGACGUGUUCUCCCGUAAAGCAGUGAAUAAGUUUCCUCUGGAGAAAAAUAGUGAAUCUCAUAAGACGAAAGUAGACAAGAAGAAUGAGUUGAUUAGAGGAUAUUUGGACAGUGAAAAAGGCUGGAAGAAAAAUCUAGAUGCUAAGAGCAUUCAAUCUGUUGAGGAGAAGCUCAAUUUCGUCAAAAACUACGGUACCUUACAAGGUUACAGAGCUCAGGAGAAUGGACUGGAAUCCACAACCAAAGAAGCUCCAUUCUCUGAUGCAGUAGAACGAAAAGCUGAUUCUGCUGCUCAAGCAGACGGCGCAGCUAAUGGCGGUCCGUCAAAUACGGCGGGCGUUGAAGAGCGUGGUGGAAAUGAUACAACUGCGGAGGAUGUAGAAGCAUAG